GUCCCUGAUCUGAUCUGAUCUGAGCUGAUCUGACCUGAUCGGAUCUGACCUUCCCACAACGACCUUCAGAUUAGCUCCCCGCUUACUGUUUCCUUCAGUUACGUCUGUGACUAUUUUAGCGGCGUUUUCUGACAAUGAUUAUCUCUAUGAGACGUGUUGCUAGGAGGUCUGUGCAGUCGAUUCGGCGAUGCCAAGUGAGCAGCUCAACAACUCCCAGUUCGGAACGCGCACCUUACAUCCCACAACAUCGGAGCUAUCCUCCGACAUUGUUAUUUUUAGAUCACGCAAGAGGAAUUAGAUGCGAGUAUUUCAGACAUUCCCCUCAUUGGCAGUUUUGCAAUGUUAACGUUUGCUCACUUUCAAACGAACUUGUUAUCUCCAACCACAAUAUUGGUAUCCUGUCAUCUACGGAAUCCAGUAGAGUAGUGCAUAAGCAGAAUAAAUCGGAUCUCAUCCAAAUAGAGAUCUUCAGUGCGCUGCCUGAUGAUAGCUCCAAAACCGGGCCAGAUCGCGUUCACCCGGAUUCUUACUCGAGCACUGCGUCUUCCUCACCUAGUGAGGACCCGAAGAAGCCAUCGCAGAAGCUUACGCUGUGGCAGAAAGCAAAAAAGGAAAUUGUCCACUACUAUCACGGAUUCCGCUUACUUGGUCUUGAGAUCAAAAUAGCUUCCGGAAUCUGUCUCAGACUCUUAUGGGGUCACUCUCUAACUCGCCGAGAAAGGAAACAGCUUGUGCGCACCGUUGCAGAUAUCAUCCGCUUGGUUCCCUUCCUCGUGUUUGUGAUCGUGCCGUUCAUGGAGUUCUUGCUUCCUUUUUAUCUGAAGUUCUUCCCCUUCAUGCUCCCUAGCACCUUCAAAGAAAAAACGUCUGAGACGGAUAAAAUUCGCCAGCGGCUAAAGGCCAAGCUUGAAAUGACACGAUUCUUACAGGAGACUCUUCAGCAAACAUCUGGAACAACGUCAGUUGCUGAACGUUCCCCCACUAUUUCCCAAUUUCAAGAAUUCCUCGAAACGGUUCAGAAAUCGGGCCAACCUGCGUCCACGGAGGACAUUACACGAUUCUCAAAACUUUUUGAAGACCAAAUUACCCUUGACUCCUUAGAAGUAAAGCAGUUAAAAAUGUUAUGCCAACUAUUGUCCUUGCCUACCAUGGGUCCGAGCAACUUGUUGCGGUUUCAGAUAUGGAUGAGAGUUAGACAGCUGAAGGCGGAAGAUCAACUUAUCGCAAAGGAAGGAGUUGAUGAGUUACCCGUUUGGGAGCUGCAAAGCCUGUGCCAGGAAAGAGGGAUGCGCUCAGCUGGUUUAACGGUGGAGCGAUUGCGCUCUCAGCUAAGUCAGUGGCUCACUUUACAUUUGGAAAAGAACGUACCCGUCACCUUGUUGCUCUUCUCAAGAGCACUGCAUGUUUCGAAAGCCUCCCUCGACGAGUUUCUCGUAAAAGAGAUCAUGAAUACACUGCUGAACACUUUCCAGUAUCGCAAUAUAUCUGGACGGUUCUCUGAUUAUGGUUUCAGAUCCGCGAGAUUUGACAUACUUAAGCUAUUGCACAAUUGCCACCCUCGGCCUCCGAAGAGAUAACCACUCGGGUACUUGAAGCCACCUCGCACAUUGACAUGGAUCCACGAACUAAAAUCGAAGUUCUUCGCAAAGAACAAGCAAGUAUCGAGGCGGCUCGUGCUCAGCUAAAACAAGAACUGGCCGCACAAAAGGCAACGCAGCCUGAAACCAAAUCUGCAAAAUCCGACACCAAAGAUGAGCAACUUCUCGACAAAGCUCCUGUGCUUAAGGGUUUAUCACAUGAAUCUUUAGAGGAACCAGGUUCUGACCUAUCAAUAGCUGCCAGGGAAGCUAUCCAGAAGGGAGAAAAAACAUCUUUACACUUGGGUUCGUUGAGUGAAGGACAGCGGGAUUUGGACCACGAGAUGAAGUUGUCCAAGAAGCAUUGCAAUUUGGCCGAUGAAUCUAUGGUGUGCUUGUGUACACCACGGAUGACAUCAUCAGCAUACUUUAGUAGGAUGGCUUGCUUUGGAGCGAGAAUGGAGUUAAUCCAGAUGGAAAAUAGGAAUGGGGACAAAAUAACUCCCUGAAGAACACCGGAAUUUGUGGUGAGUGAGGAAGAGUUUUUCCAUCCAAUCUUGGCAACCUGCGUACGAUUGGCAAAGUGGUUCGUAAGAAAAAGUACUAAUGAAGAUUGAACUCCGGAAACGAGCAGUUCGCGGAAUAG